AUGAAAAGACCCUGUUUGUUGACUAUGUUGAUGUUUGACUCCAAGACAAACUUGCAAGUCUCGUUCACCGCCUCGGUGAUUGUCUGCGAACAUGCGCUGCAGGUCAUCCCACCAAUAAGUGUCACAACCUCGAAUUUCUUGGACCGCUCGAUUGGAAGCAUCUCCAGCAGACUGCACUCGAAUCCAGAGUCUCUGAUGGCUUUGAUCACAUGGUUCACGUACUGCCGUUCAGGAACCCCCAAUCCUUCAAGACACUCUUUGAUUGCCGAUCCAACGCUCGACGAACAUGAAGCACAAACCAUCCCCUGGAUGCCUAUGAGUGCACGAUACUCCUUGGAUGGCUCUGCUUUCACUUCAACAUCAACGGCAGUGCUUUCGUCCGAUUCCGAGCCCUGUGUCUCCUCACGACAAUGUUUACAGUGUUCCAGAUGGCUCUUGUGGCGCUUGUUACUCUUGAUGGUCUUUUUUGCCUUCCCCAGAACAAAACUGAACGGAUUGGAGGCGACCUGCUUGGUGAGCUCAUUUGAAAUGUCCCAGGAGAUCACAUCAAAUCCAGCUUUCUCUAGAACUUUGAUCACCUGUUUCUCAGAUCCAACCAGGUCCUCACCUUUGCCAACUAUCGUCAGCUCGCCAUUGCCCAGGAAAACAACAACACUAGGCUUCCCUUGCCCAGAGACUUGGUCAUGGCAAACAGUAUUAUUGUACUCGGUGACGUCGAAAACCUCCUUCAGCGCCCGAUGA